AUGCGUGGCCGGAGAAGGACAGCACUGCUGGGGUUGUGGGCCUGCGUGCUCCUGGCCGACAUCGCACUGGGUGGGAAAAGCUCUGGGCAGAAUGGCAUGACAGACGAGCAGAAAGACAACACCACUGUGUUCACCAAGAUCCUAGAUAGCCUGCUGGACGGCUACGACAACCGUCUGCGGCCCGGGCUAGGCGAGCGCGUAACCGAAGUCAAGACGGACAUUUUCGUGACUAGCAUCGGUCCGGUCUCGGACCACGAAAUGGAGUACACCAUCGACGUGUUCUUCAGACAAAGCUGGGUGGACGAAAGGUUAAAGUUCAAGGGCCCCAUGGCCAUACUGCGUCUCAACAACCUGAUGGCCAGCAAGAUCUGGACGCCAGACACCUUCUUCCACAACGGCAAGAAGUCGGUCGCCCACAACAUGACCAUGCCCAACAAGUUGCUCCGAAUUAAAGAAGAAGGCACGUUGCUGUACACAAUGAGGCUGACGGUGCGGGCUGAGUGCCCCAUGCACCUGGAGGACUUCCCGAUGGACGCCCACGCCUGCCCCCUCAAAUUUGGCAGCUAUGCCUACACCCGUGCUGAGGUGGUCUACGUGUGGACCAGGGGGGCCGCCCAGUCCGUGGUGGUGGCCGAGGACGGCUCCAGGCUGAACCAGUACGACUUGAUGGGACAGAGUGUGGAUUCUGGCGUUGUGCAGUCCAGCACAGGAGAGUACGUGGUGAUGACCACCCACUUCCACCUGAAGAGGAAGAUAGGCUACUUUGUGAUCCAGACGUACCUGCCCUGCAUCAUGACCGUCAUCCUGUCCCAGGUGUCCUUCUGGCUCAACAGAGAGUCUGUACCUGCCAGGACCGUCUUUGGCGUGACGACUGUCCUGACCAUGACCACACUCAGUAUCAGCGCCAGGAACUCGCUUCCUAAGGUGGCCUACGCCACCGCCAUGGACUGGUUCAUCGCCGUCUGCUACGCCUUCGUCUUCUCGGCGCUCAUCGAGUUCGCCACGGUCAACUACUUCACCAAGAGAGGCUACGCCUGGGAUGGCAAAAGUGUGGUGCCAGAGAAGCAAAAGAAGAAGAAAGAGUCUCUCCUGAAGAAGAACAACACCACGGCCUACCCUGCCGCCACCGCCACUGCGUUCGCCCCCAACAUCGCCAGAGACCCUGGACUGGCCACCAUUGCCAAGAGCGCCCCCCCGCCCCCCACCGAGCCCAAGGAGGAGCCCAAACCCAAGCCCCCCGAGGCCAAGAAGACCUUCAACAGCGUGAGCAAGAUCGACCGCAUCGCCAGAAUAGCGUUCCCGUUGCUCUUUGGGACCUUCAACCUGGUCUACUGGGCAACCUAUCUGAAUAAGAAGCCCAAGCUACAGGGGAUGAACAACCCCCACUAA